AUGGUCGUGCUCAGCGUUGCCUCCGCUGUCGCCGUCUCGGUUCCGGAGGUGAAGGCCGUGACUUGGGCGGCCCAGUGGUGCGCCUUCCUCGAGGUGGUCUCUUCCAUCUUCUUCAUCAUGGAGUACGUGGUGCGGGUGGUGGGCUAUGGCCCACGACGCUGCAAGUACGUCGUCUCCUGCUUGGGGGUGGUGGAUCUGUUUGUGGCCCUGAUAGCCGUCCCCACCCUCAUCGACAAGCUGAUCGACUUCUGGAACAAAGGUUGCCAUUUGAACGGCCAGGAGGCUACUCGCGCGACGGGCUGCCUAGGUCACGUCUUCAGCGUCUACCACUUCCUCGAGUGCCUGCGCAUGAUGCGGCUGCUGAAGAUCCUCCAGUACAUCCGCGAGGUGCAGCUUCUGUCCUAUGCCCUCCGCAAGGACAUGCGCUUCAUUUCUGUCUUUCUCUUCGGCGUCUUUGUGGUGGUCCUUCUGCUGGGGAGCUGCUUCUAUGUAGUUGAGGGUGGCCAGAAUACCAUGAACUCCAUCCCGGCAGGGAUGUGGUGGGCCACCGUCACGAUCUGCACCGUUGGCUACGGCGACAUUGUGCCGGCCACGGUGCUGGGCAAGGUCAUCGCCAUGCUGAUCAUGCUCAUCGGGUACGGGCUUAUCGCGAUUCCCACGCUGAUCGGUACAUUCCAGACCCACAAGGCCCUCAGUCAGGCUUCCGGGUCGCUGCCCGAUCUGGCCAAGGACGGCUUAGUUCUCCUGCCUCCACGCGCCUCCGACUGCGACGCCGAGACGGGCCUCGUGCAGCCAGGGGCCGGGUUUGGGCUCCUAGAAGAAGCGAUCGGCGCUUGGUCUCAGAAGAACCAGGAGCCCUGCCCCCGCAGUGUGCUGGAGCAUUGGUUCUGCGUCGGGACCCAGCGCCUGUGUGAUGGGCACAGCUUCGUGGCCCAGGUCCAGAGGUCCUACUUGUCGAGUUCCUCCUGCGAGUUUGUGGUGUCCCUGUACUGCAGCAGCUGCUACGCAGACGAGACGAAGGAGAUUUUGGCGCAAGGCGGUGUCCGGUACUCCCACCGCGCGAAGGGCCAACAGGCCCCACUGUAG